AUGGCUGCCGGCUGUGACAUACUGGAUUUCAAUGGCCGCAACCCAGAGCUGCCGGAAUUAUUGAACUCCGGUAUUGAGAUUUCCAAGCGGGCUCAGGCCCAGCCAAAACCCAGCCAGAACCCAGUCCCAGCAGGAAUCAAUAGGGGUGGAGUGGAUCUUGACAACCUUCGUGGUACCCACAAGUCAGAACAGAGCGUUCUCGACUUCUCUCGAACAAAUUGGCUCUGUCUGUAUAGAGAGAGGAGUACAAAUCGAGAGAAGCCCCAGAGAGCUCCUCGAACUCCUCAUGAGAGUUGGCGCGCUGCUAAUAUUCUGCGAUUGACGCAUGAGAGAAGGAAAGUCCAUCUUCCAUUCUUUAAAGUUGCGUACUUCGUUCUUUUCAAGCGUGCUCGUCACUCGAUUGUUGUACCCAGGAGGAUGGACCUUAUUACGGAGCACAGAGUGAAGAAGGAAGCAGAAAGCUUUAUCGCGUCCAUUGACCAGUCUGUCAUUUGUGACCUGGCAUCCUCCUUCCAUCCGGCAAAGAAGCAGUGCCGUAUCUUCAGCGAUGUGAAGAAAGGCGGCUUCAAUAUUUGUUUUCCUGUUGAGUUUGCCCAGGAUGCAGUUGACGACGGCAAACCCCAGCGAUGGAUGGUGCGCGUUCCUGUCCUGCCGCGCUUGGCUUUCGCAGAGGAAAAGAUUCGAGGCGAAAUUGCAACAAUGAAGUUCAUUGCCGAGAAGACGACAAUACCUAUCCCGAAGCUGCACGGAUAUUCAGUAAAUUCAAACAAUCAGCUUGGUCUCCCAUUUCUGUUGCUUGAGUUUAUUGAGGGCAAAUCUCUAUUUACUGUGAAGUUCCGCGAGCUUCCGCGACCACAGAGAUGUGAGCUUUUUUCGAAGUUGGGUGACAUUUAUAUCCAGCUGUUCCAGCAUAAGUUUGACCGAAUCGGUGCUCUUACUCUGGAUUCAAAGGAUGAAAAUUGGGUUUUUGCUCAUAACCGACCACUUUCAGUAUUGAUGAAUGACCAGGCCCUUGCCGGAAUUGACCCUCCCUUUGUAGAGCCUAAUCACACGUUCCAGUCAACCAUCGAUUAUGUUUACACCAUUCACCAGGCUUUACUCAAUGACUUCCACCAGGGCAGGGACAGCAUUAUGGAUGAGGCGGAUGCUCGAGGCUAUCUCUACAGCUUGCACAUGUCCCGCCGGUUUCUGAUGGAGUGGGUGCAGCCUGAGCAUAAUCAUGGGCCAUUUAUACUGAAUCAUGGUGAUCUGCGGUCUGCUAAUAUCCUUGUUGACGAUGACCUGAAUAUCCUGUCUGUUUUGGAUUGGGAGUGGAGUCACACCAUCCCCGUUCAAAUGUUUGUGCCUCCAUCUUGGCUCGAUGGACUUGAACUGGUUGGAACUGCAAAGAUGCCUGGGCGACUCAUAUAUGAAAGCGAGCUCUUCAACUUCCGCAUGGAAACACGAGAGCGUGAAAUAAAAUAUCAUCCCGAAUGCCGAACUUUUGAUGACCUUCCACUUGAAAAGAUAUGGGCUAAAUCACUUAAAUCUCCUGCCGUUUUCAUUGCGCUCGGAUUGUUGCAGCCACUUUAUUUUGGCAAUAUAUACUGGUCCGUGAUCGAAUACAACUAUUAUGGGAAAGAAAGGAAUAAUGACAAGAAAAGAUUGGAAGAGUUCUACAGCCUGGAGAACAAUGAAAAGGAGCGAGAAGCAAGUGCAGCGGAAACUUCAAGAACUUGA